AUGCUAUUGAGGAAGAUGAUAUCGAUCAAGAUGAGCGUGAGCCAAUACCAGGAGAUGACUGUGAGGCGAUUGUUGAUGAUGUUGGUGAUGAGCAAUGACAAUGAGGAGAAUUAUGACAGUGGAGACGAUGUAUGGAACGACGAUACAAUACCGGAUCCUCUAUCAUCAGACGAUGAGGAAGAGGAAGCAGAAAGGGAAUCUCAUGUGGAUACAAUACCACCUGAUGAAAUUCUAGCAUUAGGCAAGACUUUUGGUUGUGCUUAUGAGUUCAAGCAAGCGCUUCUUAGGUGCGAUAAGAGUUUCUUUGACAUAAGAGUUGUUGGAAACUUUAUUUUAUUUAACAGUGCGAUAUAA